AUGUCUGAAACCAAACUCGACUCUAUGGAUGCCAUCGUUUGGGAGGGCAAGCCCUUUCAGAUGGCCUUGAAGAAGCAGCCUAUCCCUCACAUCAUGGACCCAAAUGACAUUGUCAUUCGAAUUACAACAGCCGCAAUAUGUGGAACAGACCUACACACCUACCGUGGGCGCUUCGGCAGCAAGAAUUCUCCAUGGAUCAUGGGCCACGAGGGCAUAGGCACAAUCGUGGAGGUGGGAGACGGGGUCAAGUCCCUCAAUGUCGGAGACCGCGUCACUGUUCCCGGGGUUAUUUCUUGUGGAUACUGUGAUAAUUGCGUCCGUGGAUACGAGUCCUACUGUCUCACAUUCAAUCCACCGACCAUUGUUGAUUGUCCGGGGAUGGGAGAUGACUUUGGACCAAACUUGGGUGGUACCCAGGCACACUACAUUCGAGUUCCAUUCGCAGACUCGGCCUGCCUUAGGCUGCCCCCGACUACAGAGCAUGACCUCGACUAUGUCCUCAUCACCGACAUCUUCGCUACAGCAUGGCACGCGCUCGACUGCUCGGGCUUCCAGCACGGAGACACAGUGACAGUUUUCGGCGCCGGCCCUGUCGGGUUACUAUGCGCCUACUCCGCUUUCCUCCGCGGAGCAACCAGAGUGUACUCGGUCGACCACGUCUCCUCUCGCCUCGAGAAAGCAGCCUCGCUGGGCGCCAUCCCCGUGAACUUCACAGAAGCGGACCCCGUGGAAACAAUCCUCAAAAGGGAGCCACGCGGCGUGCGGCGCUGCUGUGACUGCGUUGGAUUUGAGUGCGUGAACGCCAAGCUCGAGCCAGAGGAGAACACUGUUCUCAAUAACUGCAUCAAGCUCACAGAGCCCACGGGCGGGAUUGGGCUGAUUGGGCUUUAUCUCCCCGGUCAAGAUCCAACGCCGGGCGUGCCGCUGGGUUCGGAUAAACAGGGUUUGUUCCCUGUGCUUAUAGGGCUGUUGUGGAUUAAAGGUCUUUCAAUCCAGGGCGGGGUCGUUGAGCUACGGAGGUUGCAGCCACUUCUGCAGAAAUUAAUUGAAAGUGGCAAGGCUAAGCCAAGUGUUAUUAUUGAUGAGGUUUUGUAUGGGCUUGCUGAGGUGCCGCAUGCGUAUGAGCGGUUUGCCAGUCAUAAGAUUGUGAAACCAGUUAUACAGUUUCCUGUUUAG